AUGACAAAGCUCUCAAGUCUGCAAGAUGUUCUUAUGCCGACAUUAAGAACAUUACCAAGAAAAAUAGAGCAAGGUGCCUAUGGAACAAUGUACAGGGCAAAUCUAUCCAAUGAUGUUCAUGUCGCAGUCAAAAUCCUCAACAAUGUCAAGGGAAAUGGGGAUGAGUUCACCAAUGAAGUGGGAACAAUAGGUAAAAUCCACUACAUCAAUGUUGUACGUUUGGUCGGAUAUUAUGCAAAUGCAUUUAAAAGAGCUCUUGUUUACGAAUUCUUACCAAACCAUUCCCUAGAAAAGUUCGUAUCAUCUAAACACAAAAAGAAUUCACUAGGUUGGGAGAAGCUGCAAGAUAUUGCUCUUGGCAUAGCUGAAGGAAUUGACUAUCUUCACCGAAAGGUUGCAAUCAAUGAAUACUUCACUUCAACGUUAAACCUCAUAACAUCUUGUUGGACCAGAAUUUUAAUCCAAAGAUCUCUGAUUUUGGCCUAA